AUGAAAUCCAAUGUCAGUUAAUGUCAGUUGAAGCACUUAUAUGAAGCAGAAGCACGCAGGAAAAUUGUUCUUGAAGUGUUGAAGUGGGCCUCAAGAAAGAAGACAGGGGCUUAAAAUUUUUGGGCUCAAGUCACAUCAGUACCCAUUGAUAAAAGGUUCACUCGGAAAAUUCAAACAACCCAUAUAUUUUAAGAAUUUCUUGGAUUCCUAAAAUUAUUUCCCUUUUUAUAUUUUGAUACCGGUGUGGAUUUAUUAUUUAAAUUAUUAAUGAGUAAAGCAACGUAAAUAUUGCGUGGAGGCGGUUGUGCAGCUUCAAAAAUUUAAAGAGUAGGGGAUUUCUUCACUCUAUUCAUUUUCCAUGUUGAAAAAAUUAUCUCAAAAGCUACUGUUGCUGCGAAUCCAUAAGAAUCUUAAGAAAUAAUGAUAAGCAUUCAAUGGUUUAUGUUUUAAGAGGAAUAUUUUUACUAACUCAGCAAGAAUACUGAAAAUUUCGUGAAAACAUACGACUUAAUAUUAGGGGGAAUCCGGGGGUUAUUGAAAAGCUGCUUGAUCUACUCAGAAGUGAUUAGUUUAUAUGUUUAUACAUCUUAUAGACUACAGCCUUGCUAUCUAAAAUGAUAUUUAGCUUUCAUAUUAUGAAUGAAGGGAGAUUUUGUAGAUUAUCUUUAUAAUAAGAAUUUCUGGAUAUUUCUGAUGAAUUAGAAUAAUAAAUGGAAAAAAUGAAAUAAAAUGAUUUGAUUCAUUAAAUGAAACUUUAUCUUUUCUUAACUAAAACUUCUUUUGAGAUAGCUCCAAAUAAUUCUAAAGAAAAGGAAGAUAUUUUAAAAGGAUUUUUAGAUGGGAUAGUGUGUUCUAUAAAAAUGAAACCUAGUUAAUUACUUGAAUCAUUAUAAUACGGAACCUGUAAAUUUAACUAAAUGAAUUCAGUUUAGAACAAUAGAAAGUAAUAUAUUGUUUAUUAUUUUUUUGGUAUGUUAUAAUGGGAGACAAUUCGUUAUUUUAAAAAUGAAAAAUAAAAAAAUUUAAAAGAAAUACUUUUAUAAAUUUAGGAUAUACAUGAAAAUCUGGUGAAAAAUUCAAAUAAUUGGGAGAAUCAUUUCUUGUGGAUUUAAAUGAUCGGGAAAAUCUUAGUAUAUAAUCCUCUUAUAAAGAUACAAAAUUUAUUUCGGCUGGUUGCCCAAUACCAUAUUGAAAAAAACCCUAGAUAAAUUUGGAAGGAAUAUUAGAAAAAAGGAUUACUAAAUUAAAUAAUCCAUAACAAUGACUAAGCUGUCAUUUAAAUUAACUAAUUUAAAAAUAAAUCAUUAAAUUAAUUUGAUAGAAUAAUGUUAGAAGACUGUUUCAAAGGAUGGAAACACUUCAUAUUGCUUAAAGAUUUCUUACAAAAUGAACAAAAUCUAAAUAUACAUUUCACCUUUAGAUCAUAUCUAACAAAUAAUUUAAUAGUAAACAAUAUUUAAUCUUAAAAAAAUAAAAUUAUUCUAUCAAUUAACUUAAUCUAAAAAUUUUUUGAUUUACUAAUUUCAAAUAAAUUACUUCUUUUAAUUAAAGAAAAUUAUGAGAAAUUGGGAGAAGUAUUUGAAACAUAUAGAAAUUGUAUUGAAAACAAUACAAAUGCAGAUCAGAGGAUAUAAAAAAAUCAUGUACAAUUCAUAAAUAAAUCAAAUCAUUCUCAACUUUAAAAUAUAUAUCCAAAACAAUCAGAAUAUCAUUAAACUAAUUAGAAUUAAAUCAAAGAAAAAAAAAUCUAUGAUAGAAUAAUUUUUAUAGGAAAUGAUUAAUACAUUCGAAAAAGUAUAAUAACUAAAAUAUUGGAUGAAAGUAAUAGAAUCAAUAUUAUAGUAAUAAAUUAAAGGUUUAAAUGAGGAGUAGAAUGAUUCAACGGAUGAAAUGACGGAAAUUAUAAGGGAAUUAUAGAAACUUGAAUUAAAAAACAACUAGGCUCUUGGAGAUCUGAGAUUUCUGAAAUUAACUUUGUUAUUAAUUAGAUUUAAUUUAAAAAAACUAUUUAUUUACAACUCCUAUCCUUAAGUUGAUUGAAAAUUAAUGGAAACCAUUAGAUUUAUUAGAAAAGGAAUAAAUUUCUAACCUUUACAAAUCUAAUAAUUACAACCUUAAUUAAUUGUUUGAGAUUUAGUUGAAUAAUCUUUUUAUAGAAUACGAAGAAUUGAACUAAGUAUUGGAAAGUGAUAAUAAUGAAUCCAUGAGAUUUAUAAUGGAAAUUUUUCAAAUCAAGUAUGAUAUUGACUCUUUUUUAAAACCUAAAAAUUCUAAAGAGAUUGAGAGAUUAAAAAAAUAUAUACAAUAAUUUAGAAGGCCUCAAACCCAUUUGUUCAAAUAGGAGAUAAUUUGGAAAAAAGUUAUUUAGAAAUAAUAAAAUUUUUUUUUAAAAAGAAUAAUUAAAGAUUAUCCAAAAAGAAUAUUUUGCUCUAAGAGCGAUAUUUUUUAAUUUACAGCCUCUUAAUUAAAUGGAAUAUAUUUUACAGAAUAUGAUUAUUAAAAUAAGUUAUCAAAGUAGAAAGGAUUAAUAGAAUACCUUCAAUUUUGUUUAUUAAUAGAAAAAUAAAAGAUUUCUUUGGAAGAAAUAGAUUUAAGAUUAAUUGAGGAGGAAUUAGAAUAAUUCAUUAAGAAAACUCCUUCCUAAAUUGUGUAAGAACUUGUUGAAGGUUUGUCUAUGAACAAAUAUAAUACAAUAUUAUGGAUGAAAUAUUGAAUUUCGAAGAAUCGAAAUUGUAUAAAAAUAAAUUUGAAAAUUUUUUAUCUGAAUUGAUAAAAAUCUAAGAUUAAAGCAAAUAUUAAUACUUUGAUUAAAUGGAAAUAGAUUAUUAUAAUCGAUUAGCCAACCAAACAGAAAUAAUAAUUAAAACGCUGAAAUGUGUUGGAAAGAAAGAAUAGAAAAUGUUUAAGAUGCUUAUGAAAGAAGAGCUGAAAAAUUUUUAAAGACUAGUAAUUUAAUAUGAUGAAUUCAAGACCGAAAAAUAAAAUAAUUAAAAUAAAAUUUAGCUAUAAAAAGAAAAAGAAUAAGUUAAAUAACGUGGUUAGGAAUUUAAUUAAAGUAUCAAAAACUAUAAUGGUAAUUUAAAAUGCAUGAUUGGGAUUAUACAAUUGUAAAAAUACCAAAUAAUAGAAGAGGAGGAUCUCUUAAAUAAAUUACUAGAAAAAAUUACAAGUUUCACUGAUGAUCUUGAUCUAAUUCAAAGUUAUGAAGUUGAAGAUUAAAUUGAAUACAAAAAUCUUUUUGUAAAUCUAUUUUAAGAAUUAGUUAGGGAUUUUGAGUAAUUAGCAUUGAGACAUAUCACUAUAUAUUAAAUGGAAGAUGAAAAUUUUAUGUAAUAUAUAGAAAGAAUAAAAUCUUUUUUAUCUUCAACAAAAAAAUAAAUACCUAAUAUUUCGGCUUCUCUAAAUUGGUUUCCUACAGAUUUAUAUGAACAAUUAGCAGAGAUAAGUUACAUUUCAAACGUAUUUAUAGAUUAAGAAUUAUUGAUUUUAUUUUUUCAAAAACUUUUCUUAUUUGAGAAGUAGGAGGAAGAGCAAUAAGAAAAAUCUAACGAGGUAUGGAAAAUGAAAUAGGGUCUAGUAAUAACUUUAAUUUAAAUCUCCACUGAUUGCUUCACAGAUACAAUUAUUUCAUUUUGCUCAAAAACUUUGAUCUAAUUUUGGGUUUCAGAAAAAGAUGAGAGAGUUAGAAAUCUGUUAAAAAAUGAAAAUUUAAUAAUCAUAUAAACCCAGAUUUUGAAAAAAGAUUGGUAGACGCAUUAAAGUGCGAUUACAGAAGAAAUGGAAUAAAUGUUAAUGAGAAUUGAUUAAUUGUAAUAAUAAAUUUCUAAUGAGACCAACCUUAACAAACGUAAUUUGCAGCUCUUAGAAUUGGAUAAAACAAUUUAGCAAUUAGAUUAAUCGAUAGGGUUUACUAAUGAAAUGGGUUAAUACUUAGUUUGAAUACUUAUUUUAUUAAUUAUAUCAUAAAAAAUUAAUCAAAAAUAGAGGGGAAAUCAAAAAAUUGAACGAUUAACUCGAAAGCACGAAAAUUGAGAGAGGAAAUUCAAUUGAAUAACUACUUGAAAUUAGAAAAUGCAAAGUAUUGAAAGAAUCGGCUUAUAGAAAUGUUAAGUCAAUCUAUGUGCCUUUAAAAACUUUUUAGAAAGGAAAAAAAGAAUAAAUUAAUUUGAUAAAAUUAAACUAAUCUGAUGAUAUAUAAGCUGAAGUGAUGGAGUUUUUAUUAAAAGGACAAACAGGUGAAAAAACAGUAAUGCUAAUUCAUGGAAUAACUAGAUCAGGAAAAAGUACAACUGCCAAAAAAAUAGAAGAAUUUAUUUGGAAAAUAUAUGAGAGAAAUUAAAAAAUCAGCAAUCAAGUGCUCAUACCUAUUUAUAUUUCACUACCUUCUUUAAAAGAUCCACUUUUUUAAGCAGUUGAGGAGACACUUUGUUAAGAAGAUUAUGGUUUUGAUGAUAUCCAAUUGAAAGAGUGAAAAGAAAAGUUGAAAAAGAAGGAAUUUUGGUUUUUAUUAAUAA